AUGGCGAAGUCAGGUGAUGUUGAUAUGCUGUUUGAAGUACGAAACAACUUCUAUUUGGGUGCUUAUCAAAAUUGCAUUAACGAUGCACAGAAUGUACGACUGAAAAGUGAUGAGGAUAAGCUUGCACGUGAUGUUUAUAUGUACCGGGCAUAUAUUGCUCAAAAUAAACCGUCGAUUGCAAUCAAUGAAAUCAAAACAACUUCUGCUGCAGCUGCAUUGAUUGCCGUACGGCGAUUCGCUGAAUACAUGGCAUCUCCCACUAAAAGGUCAAAAAUUGUCGAGGAGGUUGAGGCUGACUUCAACGGUGAUAUGCCGAAUGAUGACACCGUAUUUCUGAUGAACGCAUUCAUUUAUAUCCAUGAACAGAACAUUGAUAGUGCACUUCGACUUUUACAUCAGUCGGACAGCUUGGAGUGUCGAGCUGCGACAGUUCAGUGUCUCUUGAAAAUUGAUCGUGUUGAUUUGGCUCUGAAGGAAGUCAAAAAGAUGCAAGAAAUAGACGAGGAUGCUACUGUGACGCAACUUGCUCUU